UUAACUGGGAAGAAUUUAAAUCAUAGAAUGUUUUCUCUUCUUGGAUUAAAAGAAGAGAUGGAGACAGCAACACAUCUGGGAGGGCUGGGAGAUAGAGAAGCAUGUGGUUAUUGCUACGUUCGGCAACGAUUUAAAAAAAAAUGUUUAGUGUUUUGACUCAGUAUUUUGUGGUUGAGAGGGUCUUUAUAACAUUUAAUUAAACAUUACUUGAAUAACUAUCUACUAUUAAAACAACUAACAAUUAUUUCAACAAUUAAUAUUGUCGAACAUGCUAUUGUUGCAGGUUUUGGAUAUGAUGGUUAAAUCUGUUGCUGUCUGUCCGUCGACUGUACUUGGCAGGAAUAAAAAUCUGCUUAGUUAGAGAAAAGCCAUAACUGAUGCAUUGUCUUUUUCUUUCUUUAUCUAUAGUUGUUGGACUGCACACGUUGAAAUAACAAUAAUUAAUAAUAGCAACACUAUCAUUUUCUCUCCAGCGACCUUACCAGUUCAAAAUGGCACAAAGGGCUCAAGGUCAACAUCUUCCAUUCUCGACUCCUGAUGGCUAUUCCCGAGAGCAAGAACCAUCUGAACUUCCUUCACCGCCCCAGUCCAAGCCUAAAUUACUCAACCACGCCCACUUUUGAAACCUUAGCUUUCGAGGAAGUCCGAUCUUCCUCGGAGAAGCCUUGCACUUUAACAGCUUUUGUUCUCCACGGUCUCUUAGGCUCCGGCAGCAACUGGCGUUCCUUCUCUCAAAGUCUCGCUUCCUCUUGUUCUUCGGAGUGGAGGAUGGUGCUUGUGGAUUUGAGGAACCAUGGGAAAUCUGCCAACAUUGAAGGCCUGAACCCGCCUCAUGAUAUUUUCAACGCAGCUAAAGAUUUGGCUAAUUUGGUUAAAUCUCAUGGCUGGGCUUGGCCUGAUGUUGUCAUUGGCCAUUCCUGGGGAGGCAAGGUAGCUCUCCAGUUUGCGCAGAGUUGUGCUACUGGGGAUUAUGGGGAAUCUGUUGCAUUGCCCAAGCAGCUGUGGGUUUUGGAUUCUGUCCCUGGAGAGGGAAGGCUUGAAAAUAGUUAUGAAGUAGAGAAAAUCCUAAAGGUCUUGCAGAGUUUACCUUCUUCACUUCCUUCAGGAAAGUGGCUUGUCAAUCACUUGAUUGAACUUGGGUUCUCUGACAUAUUAGCGGAAUGGAUUGGUAGCUGUCUCAAGAAAUCUGGAGAACAGGAGACAUUGACUUUUAAACCUGAAGCUGUCAUCCAGAUGUUGAAUUCUUUUUGGGAGACAUCGUAUUGGUCUUUUCUUGAACACCCACCAAAAGGAAUGGAGAUUAAUAUUGUGGUCGCAGAGAAGAGCGACGCUUGGAAGCCUGAUGUAAUUCAGAGGCUUGAAAGCCUUGAGAAUCAGAAAGAAAGUGCAGCUGAGGGUGAGGUUUCAGUUCAUGUUCUUCCAAAUUCUGGGCACUGGGUUCAUGUGGACAAUCCGAAAGGUCUUCUUGAGAUUAUGUCGCCAAAGAUCAGUUCUCUUUCAACAUAAAUGUUUAGGCUAUUGUUCAAAGGAUUAAUCAAUAAAGGAUUAAAAUACUAAGGGACUUAUUAACAAUUAAUUAAAAUAAUUUUAUAAUUAGCGACUAGAAGAUAAUCAAAUAAAAAAUUUACAUAGAAACAGAGAGAGUGCCGCGAAGGAGGGUUGUCAGAGAGUGUCGGGCCUCUACGCCUUUGGGCGGAGAGCGCCUGAUUAUAAAUCUCAUUUUCAUUUUUGUCUUUGUGGUUUUUUAUCUAGUUAUAGUUUGUGUUGUUUGUGUUGCGGUCGUCAGUUCUGUGGUUUUGAGUCUUGGUUGUGCUGCGCUUGCUAGUGUUAUUUGAGGGUUAGUGGAUAUUGGCGCCGGGGCACUGUGUUUGCUCCUUCAGGUGGCUUCUUGGCAAAAUCAGACUGAAAGUGUCAAGGGCUGCCUCUCUUUUCAGCAGUUUCUAGUGAGCUGAACAUAGAGGGUCUCUAGCUGAUUUUCUUGGUUGCUAUGGUGGAACGCCGAGUUCAGGUUGUAUUGUUUUUUCAGUUCCUGUGUCUCGGCUGAUUUUGGGUAGGUUGGAGUUAAUUUCUAUAUCGAUCGUUGCCGAUUUGGUGGUGCGUUUGGUGGUUUGUGUGGGUGUUGGGUUGCUUUGUUGGUCUCUCUGUGGUUUUGUGUUGUGCGAUCGGUGAAGACAUUGGUCUUGGUCACCGUUGAUUCCAUGUGCACUCGGUAGUGAGGCUGCGAUGCAUAUGAUGAAUGGAUCGGUGAUAGGUCGCGUUUCAGGAAGGCAAGAUGUCUUUCGGCUCUGGUUCGGAUUGAGCUUUUGUGGGUUGGGCUUCUAUAUUCUUUGGGUCAUGGGCCUGGUCUGAUGUUUGUAUGUUGCUAGUGCCCAUUUGGGCAGUUUAAAUGCAAGUUUAUGUACAUUAAAAAAAAUAAACCUAAAUUAUUCAACCUUAUUAAA